CCUAGCCGAAUGCGCUUGAGGCCUUGAGAGUUGAGCCCGUCCCCACCCCACCACGCCACGCCACCGCGAUGGCGCUGCACCACCUCCGCCUAGCGCCGCUCGCGCUCCUUCGCGUCGCGGGCCUCCCGCCUCUCGCCUCCUCCCGUCUCGCCGCGUGCCACCAGCACCAACUCCUCCUCUUCGCGCCGCCGGCGCGGCCGUGGCGCCUCCUCUCGCCCGCCGCAAGGCCGCGCUCGCUCUCCACCGCAGCGGCCGAGGCCGAUGACACCGGCGCGGGCUCGGGCGACGGCUUCUUCGCGGAGGAGAGCACUUCGUGGGGGUCCCUCGGCGUGUCCGACCGCCUCGCGUCCGCGCUGCGCGGCGCCGGACUCGCGAGGCCUUCCCUUGUCCAGGCAGCCUGUAUACCACAUGUCCUCACAACGAAUGAUGUAAUUGUUGCCGCAGAGACUGGCAGCGGCAAAACCCAUGGUUACCUGGUUCCCUUGAUUGAAAAGUUAUGCUCCAAAUCUUCUACCGCAGAAGAUGACAAUUCCCAGAACGCUGCCCCAGGGGCACAUGACAUUGUGUUAGUCCUUUGUCCCAAUGUCAUGCUGUGCGAACAAGUUGUUCGGAUGGCUAAUUCGUUGCUUGACGAGUCUGGUGAACCACUUAAAAGUGCUGCUGCUGUUUGCGGACCGAAGGGUUGGCCAGCUGUUCAUCCAGAUAUUCUUGUAGCCACUCCAGCUGCUCUCUUAAAUUAUCUAUUUGACUAUGACCCUGAAAAGAGGCGAAGAGAGAGAUUCAUGCGUAAUGUAAAAUUCAUAGUGUUUGAUGAGGCAGACAUGCUACUUUGUGGAAGUUUUGAGAACCAGGUCAUUCGUCUUAUCCAUAUGCUGAGAUUUGAUGAAAAGCAACUGUCUAGAGCACAAGAUUCUGGAAAAGAAGUAUUACCUGGGAGUGAUGAUGAAUAUCAUGAGGAUUCAGACUCUGAGGGUGCUGAAUUCAGUGGUUUUGAUGAGGAAAAUGAAGGCGAUCUUGUUCGAAAUAAACCAGUUAAGGCAGAGAAUAGUCCUGUUGGAGCACGUAGGGACUGGAGGAGGGUUAGAAAAACAUAUAAAAGGAGCAAGCAGUAUAUCUUUGUUGCUGCCACCCUUCCGCAGAGUGGCAAAAAGACUGCUGGUGGUGUACUGAAGCGUAUGUUUCCUGAUGCUGUAUGGGUUAGUGGAACUUAUCUGCACCGCCACAACCCCAGAUUAGAGCGGAGAUGGAUGGAGGUCACUGCUGAUACACAAGUUGAUGCUCUUCUAGAUGCUGUAAAAUAUGGCCUAAAGAAUAAAGAUCAUGAUGCACCGAAACGCACUAUGGUGUUCACAAACACUGUUGAUGCUGCCAAUUCAGUCUCUGACAUAUUGCAGCGAGUUGGUAUUCCAUGCAUCUUGUACCAUCGUGAGAGUUCAUUGGAGGAAAGGGCUAAUAAUUUGCAAUCUUUUCGGGAUAAUGGUGGUGUGCUUGUAUGCACUGAUGCUGCUGCCCGUGGGCUCGAUGUCCCAAAUGUUUGUCAUGUCAUUCAGGCGGAAUUUGCUGCCUGUGCUGUUGAUUUUUUGCACCGGGUGGGUCGCACAGCCAGAGCUGGGCAGUCUGGCAUAGUGACCAGCCUAUACACAGAGGCAAAUCGUGAUCUUGUAAGAGCAGUCCGUCAAGCAGAGGAGUUGGCCCAGCCAGUGGAGAGAGCGUUUAGUAGGAAAAGGAGCUUCCGUAACAAGUUGAAGAAACAAGCAGUGCAGAAACACGAAGCAUCGCUAGCGUGACCCGUUAUAUUUGUAGUGAGGGGAAACAGAUAGUUUUUUGUCCUCCAUUGUUGGCGAUGAAUGUUUUUGUAUUAUAUAGAGGGCUGCUAAAUAUUUGAAUAAGAGUGAUUUUCCGUGGUGGCCCGUCACAGGGAGACGGAAGCGCUAAGGGUGGAGAUGCCGCCUCAAUCUCAUGACGUGUGCCUUCAAAUU